CCGACGCGACGGAUUCGCAUUUUGCUCUUGUCUCUAAACAGAACAGAUGUCCAGACGAUUCGAUCAGUCAGUUCCUGAGUACCAGUGAGUAGCAACGGGGUGCAAGUGUUUCCAAGUGAAGGAUGGAAUCUGUUGCACGAGGUUUGCUGCCCUUUCGGGAUGUGAUUGGGAAUGUGGCGGGUAUACUGACGGUUGCGCAAUUCCUAAGCGGAUGUUUCGUCUGUAAUCAGAUCCGGCUGAAACAAAGCUCCGAGGGAUUUUCGCCGCUUUCGUUCGUGCUGGGCGGUGCACUGGCAUCACUGCAGCUUAAAUACUCACAAAUGCUUGGCCUCAAAGCGAUGAUCCUUACAACGUGUUAUUCGCUGGCCAUUUGUCUGGUGUACGCCGGGUGGUAUUGGCUGUACAUCCCACGAGGAAAGGCGGGCAAUUUUUGGAAGCUCGUUUUACGGACCAUAACGGUUGUUAGUGCUGUGCUACUCUAUGCCGGUCUGGAGGAUCCGGUUGUUGUUAGGGACCGAUUUGGAUUGAUAGUGACGGUGCUAACUCUGGGAUACAUUGGUCUGCCGUUGAUGAAAUUGGGAGUGGUAAUUGAACGCAAAAGCUGCGAAGGGCUACCUCUACCAGGGAUUCUUGCCAGCACUGGAGCCUCUAUCCUAUGGCUACUGUAUGGAGUUAUUCUGCAUAAUUAUUUCAUCAUUAUUCAAAAGGUGAUUGCUCUCGGGUUGUGCACGAUACAGCUAUCACUGUUUGUCAUUUAUCCGGCACCGUCGAAAGCCGUGAAAGCGAAGAGCAAAUAAACGGCGGUGUGUUUAUUGUGAUAAGGGAAUAAACUGGCGGUAGAUAAAAUUAGGAAGAAGUUUUAAUCGAGUUGAUAUCUGUCACC